AAGGCUACGAGAAUGAAGGCGCCUCGCUCAUGUGGGGAACCCGGUAAGGAGCCCCGCAGUUCCUGCAGGGUUGUCUCCGCUGACGACUGUCAGAGACGAGUAAGGAGAGCGGCACGAAAACAGCGCCCCGCCUGCGGGAGGCGCCGGCGCUGCGCUUCCGGCGGCGCCUUCGCCCCGCCAGGCACUUCCUUCCGUCUCUCCCGCGGCCACGACGCCAGCAUGGCGGGCGCCGAGUUGCGCGCGGCGCUGGAGCAGCGGCUCGGCGCACUCGCCAUCCGCACGGAGGUCGUGGAGCACCCGGAGGUGUUUACAGUUGAAGAAAUGAUGCCUCAUAUCCAACAUUUGAAAGGAGCACAUAGUAAGAACUUAUUUCUUAAAGACAAAAAGAAAAAAGGCUAUUGGUUGGUGACAGUUCUUCAUGAUAGACAAAUUAAUUUAAAUGAUCUUGCCAAGCAGUUAGGUGUUGGGAGUGGAAAUCUGCGGUUUGCUGAUGAAACAGCCAUGCUAGAAAAACUAAAAGUUGGCCAAGGCUGUGCCACACCCUUGGCACUCUUCUGUGACGAUGGAGACGUGAAAUUUGUUCUGGAUGCUGCUUUUUUGGAAGGUGGACAUGAAAAGGUGUACUUUCAUCCAAUGACCAAUGCUGCAACCAUGGGAUUGAGCCCUGAAGACUUUCUUACCUUUGUGAAGAAGACAGGACAUGAUCCCAUAAUACUAAAUUUUGAUAAAAACAACUAAUUGGGCUAAUAUUUAGAACACAUAUUUAUUUCUGAAAGCUGUGUUUCUUAUUUGUAAUUUGUAAAAAGCAUUUAAAAUAAGAAUAUUUAACACUUUGGUUUGGUGACUACUUCAAUCACUUUAGGAGGACUAUUUCAUCUUAAAGAAGCUGUUUUUAGAAAGAUGUAUUAAGGUAGUAUUAGCUCAUGUCCUACCCUCCAUGACUCAUUACAGGAAUGCCUUCAAAAAUUAAUAAGUUAACAUCAAAACUAAGGUUAGUUAACUAAGAUUAACUAUCUUACAUCUUCAUUAGGGUGUUAUUGUACUUGAAAAAAAGCAAGUGGCCAAAUAGCACAUAUAAAAUUAUGCAGAGGGUGGCCGGGUGACUUAGUUGGUUAGAGUGUGUGCUCUUAACAACAAGGUUGCCGGUUGGACUCCCGCAUGGGAUGGUGGGCUGCACUCC